GACGGACGAUGCUCCGGCUGGUGUCGCUGAAGUUGGGGCGGCUGUACCGCUACGUGAAGCUGGCGGUGCUGGGCAUCCUGGCGGCGGCGCUGGCCCUCAACUCGCCUUCGCUGCUGGCCUCGCUGCAGCGCAACGAGCUGGCCGAGCGGCGCUUCCUGCAACUGAACAAGUGCCCGGCCUGCUGGGGCACCAGCUGGUGCCGCAAGUUCCUCAACGGGCAGCUGCGCCUGGAGAGCUGGGGCCGCCUGCGCCUCCUCGACUUCCUCAACGUCAAGAACGUCUACUUCGCGCGCUACGGGGAGCCCCGCGAGGGCAGCCGCCGCGUCGUGCUCAAGCGCCUGGGCUCCGCGCGGGAGCUCGCCGACAUCGACGCCAAGAUCUGCCGGCGCGCCACCGGCAGGGGACGCUGCGACCUGCUCCAGGCCCUGCACGCCACCGAGUUCGCCAGCAUCAACGGCGACGUCCGGCUCCUCACCCCCGACGUCGUGGAGGGCUGGUCGGACCUGGUGCACUGCCCGUCGCAGCGCCUCCUCGACCGCCUCGUCCGCCGCUACGCCGAGACCAAGGACUCGGGCAGCUUCCUGCUGCGCAACCUCAAGGACUCGGAGCGCAUGCAGCUCCUCAUCACGCUCGCCUUCAACCCGGAGCCCCUCGUGCUGCAGAGUUUUCCGUCUGAUGAGGGAUGGCCAUUUGCAAAGUAUUUGGGAGCAUGUGGAAGAAUGGUGGCUGUCAACUAUGUGGGAGAAGAACUAUGGAGUUACUUCAAUGCCCCAUGGGAAAAACGAGUGGACCUGGCAUGGCAGUUAAUGGAAAUAGCGGAGCAGCUGACAAACAAUGACUUUGAAUUUGCACUCUACCUCCUUGAUGUCAGCUUUGACAACUUUGCAGUAGGCCCUAGAGAUGGGAAGGUCAUCAUUGUGGAUGCUGAAAAUGUUUUGGUGGCAGAUAAAAGGUUAAUCAAACAAAAUAAACCUGAAAACUGGGAUGUAUGGUAUGAAAGCAAGUUUGAUGACUGUGAUAAGGAAGCUUGUCUCUCUUUUUCAAAGGAGAUUUUGUGCACUCGUGUCACUGUGGACCACAACUACUAUGCUGUUUGCCAGAACCUUUUAUCAAAACAUGCCACUUGGCGUGGCACUUCUGGAGGGCUUCUUCACGAUCCUCCACCUGAAAUUGCCAAAGAUGGUCGACUUGAGGCCUUGCUGGAUGAGUGUGCCAAUCCAAAGAAACGAUAUGGUAGAUUCCAAGCUGCAAAAGAAUUACGUGAAUACCUUGGACGACUAAGUAAUAAUGUGAGGUAGUUCAUAGUUGCUGGAUGAUCAGAAAUUGUGUGAUGCUGGGACAAAGACACAUGGACAAAUAAGUUCCGAGCAUCAAACAAGAGAACAACCAGAACAAGAAAAUCAAUUCCAUAAACUUUUAUGGUACAUGGAGAAUGCUCUGGAUAAACAGACACGGUUACAUACAUAUCCCCAUUACAACAUAAGCUAUUUUUAGCUCAAAUGAGAAAGCUGACAACUUAAUUGACUCACUUAUGUCAAUAGGACUUCAAAUAAACCUGCGUUAGUACCACAAUUUUGUGAAACUGAUGCCCUUACUUGGAAAGUCAAGUUAUAUUGGCCUGUUUUAAAGGCUUUUAUUUCUGAUGUCAUUAUCUCUUCUCUCCCCCUCCCCAUACAUACUACUUACUAAAGUGGCAUUUACGUACAUGCUGAUAAGCCCUAGGUGUCCCUCAUUGUUCCUGAAACUAGUAGGUUUUCAUUUAAUGCUCUGCACCAUUUGAGUAUAGGAUUCCUAUGCUUAUUCUAAUAUUAAAUUCUUUCCAUGAUUUCUUACUGUUUAUAUGCCUUAUUAAGGAUAUGCUUAUAAAAGCAGUUUUAAAUACUGCGUGAACAUAACCUAGUUACGUUUGAAUUCUUUGUAAUUCUACUGAAGGUAAUGCUUCACAAGCUGGUUAAUUAUAAAAUUCCACCUUUAUUCCAGUAUGUAAAAAUGUCCAUUCAGCAGGGAAUCACUGUAUAGGAAACUGACUUUUAAGAAGAAGAAAAAAGGAGUUAGACCUAGUCUUUGUUACGCUUAGAGUAAAGCCCUUGAUAUCAAUUGGACUUUAAGUUAAUAUAACUAAGUCUCAUUGAUUUUAAUGAGUCCACUCUAAGCAUGAUUAAGACUUAAUAGGACCUAAAGUUGGUUUGGGGAGAAGCAGUGCAGCUAAAGUGCAGACAAAACAUUUUGCUAGUUCAGUAAACCAUAAGCCAAAGAAACUGGUUGUGUAUCGGUCUCUAGUCACUUAAAAUUAUGUACUGUAGUGGCGCUAACCCAUUGACUCAAGUUUCAGUGAGUUUAGUUAUUCUUGGGAGAAACUUUGCUACUAGCUAAAAGCUUAGGAAGCUCCACAUGUGAAUGAGAAAAUGCCUUGCAGGCUAGCAUUUUGUUCUCCAUUACUCACAAUUCUGCUGAAUUUGCAAUGUAAUGAUGUUUACGGAACUUUCAACCAUGGGGCUGACUAUUUAAUAGUACUCUUCAUGUUUACUGUAGAGGCCUUGCAUUGCAUUAAGUCUUUCAGUUGCAAAUCAAACCAUCUUCAAGUAUUUAUCUUUGGUUUACCUGAAAUUGCUCCUACAAAUCAUAAGCUGAGCAAGAGAUUUGAUCACUGCUAAAAUGAAUUCCUUUUCUUUUCUUUCCUUUUUUCUUUGCUUCCGUCCCCCCUUUUGCUUUUGUUUACACAUGAUAGCGAUUACAGGAGUUCUCUUGAUUGGAGAGAUGAAAUUCUGAUCCUGAAAUUCUGAUCCUGAACAAAGAUUCCUUGUUGUAACAGCAACCAAAUAACUACAAUUAGCCACAGUUCUUUAAGGUGGAAUAAGAUGAGUUUGCAUACUUUGAGAAUGAUCAGUAUGGUGCUGAAAAAUGUUUCUAGACAGGUGGAGCAAAGCAGUAGGAAAGGGAUGAAAGAAAAAACCCCAGUCCAUUUCAAAGCUGUGAAAGCAUGCAUAUUAUCCCACAAAAUUGGGAAAAAAUAAAUGGCAAAGCCUUUCAUCUACUUGGCCUGCAUAGUCAUAACACACAGCUGCUUAUUUGCAAAUUGUGUCUCUACAAUGUAACUUUCUUUUGUUUAGUUGCCCGGCUGUUUCCUGCUGGAAGAAUUCUUCUUGCUUUGGCAACCUCUGAUAUGGCACAACCCAGAGCACAUUAGGCAUGCUUAGUCUCACCGAAUAGUUUGGAUUGGUAUCCCAGUUAUUUCAGGUAGCAUAGUCUUGCCUAAUUUUCUCUGGAUUUCUUUGCAUGUAUUCACAUAGGAUUUAUGUUGGCUUUGUUUUGGUUCAAGUUUUGAGCAAAUCUUAAAUGUGAGACUAAACACUAGCCUGCCACAAAAGGCCUUGUUUUACCACAACAUUAAUUUAAUACCCAUGUUUUCUGAUGAAUGAGAUGUAUGAUUGUUGUAGGCUUCAAACAAGACAAGACACUGCCAGCUAUUGAGGCAGUUCAACUGCCAAAUGUUCCUUGUGAGGUUGGGGUUGGAGUUCAUUGUUCCCUCUUGAAAUAAUGUGCUGAUAAAGCAGGAUUCUAAUGACAAAAGGAGUCCACAAUUUUCCGUCUACAGGGAAAACACCUAUGUGGAAAGCAAUAAGUUUUCUUCAAUUUGCACCUACUAACAAGUAUUUAUUGUACAAGGACAAUUUAUAUUUUUAGUCAUUGCCCAUGAAAUAAUGGUGAAAUAUUUUUGAAUGAGAUGUUUGGGGUUUGUAUGUGCAUAAAAAUUGUCUUUUGUACUGUAAGUUACUGUUUAAUUUGAUUAUCAAAACUGUCUCCUGUGCCUUUAUACUAAGGUUGUUUUUACAACUUCUCUUGAUUAUUAUUAAUAAAAAAAGUACUUUAAGAAA